AUGAGUUCAAACACACUUUCUGCUGUGUUGGAAAAGCAUAUUCGUCGUCUGUGUCUGAAUGACUUUCCUUGUGGACAUGGCAGCUGGAGAAAGACGAAAGACAGUACAGAUGGAGCAGAUACAGAGGGCACAGACGUCCUCCUGGAUCUGCUGAGCUGCCCUCACUCUCCAUGGAGGCAUGAUGAUGACCAUGAGUCAUGGAGCCCACAAGCUCCAGCCCUGAGACAACUGGCUGUGGUCACACCUGAGUCUCUGCACAGUGACUUUGUUUACAAUUACUUCAGCACACUGCGCAUCGUAGACAAGGGUGUGUCGGUCAUCGACGAUGGCCUGUUGAAGUUCUCAAAGUUGCAGGAGUUGGUACUGAGUGCCAACAAAAUCUAUGAUGUCCCUGCAGAAAAACUUCCCAGCACUUUGAAGGUUUUGGAGCUACGUGCCAACCAAUUGCGUGCACUCAACAGUUUAACCAAUCGCCCGUCUCCUCAACUGCAGUACCUCGGCAUCGGCUCAAACAGCCUGGGUUCUAACGAAGACGUCACUCAUCUUACAGGAAGACACUGGCCGCAGCUGAUAUGUCUGGAUCUGAGCAACUGUGAGUUUCAGUCCCAGGAAGCCCUCCUGAACGCUUUGAGCACACUCCCGUGCCUCAGGACAUUGGUGCUGGAGGGAAACCCCCUCACUCUUGUGCCCUCCUACCCAGGCUUUACUGUGGACAGUCUCCCACAGCUCUCUUGUCUGGAUGCCUCAUGGAUCUCCCCCAAGGAGAGACAUCGUUUUAGAGGCUUGGCCAAGAUGAGUGAUCUGAUAGCGGACUGGGCAUCAGCCACAGUGAGCAUGGGCAGGAUGAGAGGAAUCCCAGACCCAAUGAUGAGUGUGGAUGAAAACGCUCCUGACUUUCCUGUCAUCACCUACAGCUAUUUUGUCACAUAUGUGUUCUUGAGUCAUCAAAGACCUGUUAACCAGAAAGUCAACAGCGAGUCUAAAUUAGACUCAGCAGCCACAGAAGAUGUCUCCAGUGAUGUUGAGUUGCAGUCAAACGAGAACUGUGAAAGAGAAACGUCUGCAUCAGAAACUCGAGACUUGGUGGUAUAUCUUGAGGAAACCCGCCCGGAUAUUGCACAAGAGUCGAGACACAGCACAUCAAAGCUACCGUGGUCAGAGUGCAUGGACUUCAGUGACACACAAACAUUCAUUGUUAGCGAUCUGCAGAGCUUUAAGAAAUUCCUCAAUCAAGGAUUUUACCUUAGGAUAGUGGAGGAAAAGGUCCUGUCAUGGCCUGCAGCUGCUGAGGACAAGAAAGGGGGGAAAGGGAAAGAAUCUCCAGUCAAAUCUGGCUCCACCAAAGACAAAUCUAAAGACAAAAAGAAGAAAUCUGUACCAGAGCUGGUCCACGAUGCCCCCAUCAGGAGAAUCCUCGGCUCUGUCCACGUCGCCCUGCAAAGCCUAGUAAAAGGGGGUCAAAAGGUGGAUGUUCUGUGUGACUUUGGUACACUGCACACGGAGCCCGAGGUGGAUGCUACGCCAACACUUGAAAAGACAAUCAAAGAAGACAAGAAGAAGGAGGAAAAGGAAUCAAAGCGGAUAGGAGGCAGCAGUACUGGACAGAAGAGCACAGCAGCUUCAAAAGGCAAAGGAAAAGGAAGAAAGGAGCGCGAGCUGGAUGUCCACAUAGACGACACUGCGUCCAUCCGACUGGAGCCAGUGACUGUGGAGUUGAUUGUGGAGCUGGAGAAAUGGCAGUCUGCAUCUGAAGCCAAAAAGCUCUCACAUUAUAUCUCCUGA